CACCCCUGAAUCUGCCAACAACCCAGAUAAUCUUUGUCAAUCGCAACCUCGCAUUAAACUCUUGUCCCUCCGACUCCCUUUCCCUUCUGAUACUUACUACUACUACCUAACCCUCACUCUUAUUAUCGAAUUAUCAACAAGCCUACACGAGGUCAAAUAACAACAAGGCUGAUAUACCUCCGCUUAUAAGUGGCUUUCUCAAAUUCACCCAUCCCUGAUCUCCACCCUGCCGAACAACGAAGCACCCGUCAAGGCGGCCACUGCUGCCCUCGAUCGAAGCUAUUCGAGAAUACCCCCGAUCGAUCGACUAUGCGACUCUAGCUCCUUGUCCAAUACAACACCGUCACGUAACACACAAACAUAAACAUAAACACAAGAUCCGAUCCGAUCGAUCGCAGAGAAGAUGGCCGGUUUCUUCUCGAGGCUGAAGGGCAAGGAUGGCCCGACCACUCUGACCAAGACGAAGAAGGGACAGCAGGCUGCGUCGCAGGUCCUGCCCGCGAAGCCGAAAUGGUCGGAUGCCUGGACGCGCACGAGUGUUGAGGCGGAGGAGGUGCAGGAGCUGUUGAAGGGGUGUACGGUCGAACUGAAAUCUAGAGCUCUCGAUGUCCCGUUUUUCCUACUCCCUUUCCGACCUACCUCAGACCCGAGCGCGGCGCGCACCUUCAUAAGGAAUUACUUCGAUGGGAAGCAGACUCUUCAGGGCGAUGAUCUGCUACAAGAACUGCGACUGACGGAGCCAAUGGUUCUCUGCAGCGUGGUAAAAUGGUGCUGGAGCAGAUUGGCAGGAGGUGUUGUAACGUGGGAUUCAUACGAGAUGUUCAGAAUUGGAGAGCUAGAUUCGGAGAUGGCAAGAGAUUCCUUCACCGCUUUCAUUCCUGUUGGCGCAGAUUCAGAUGCGCGCUCAAAGAUUAUAUUCGAUUUCUUCGAUCUGCUGGCGGCUGUUGCGGCGCAUGGAAAGAAAAAUGGUCUUGGAGGCCGAAAAUUGUCCAGGUUAGCAGGAUGGUGGGCGUUUGAUCAUGGGAGUAAGGUGGAGGGCUUUGAUGGGGGGUAUAAGGGCUGGUCUGCUGCGGCUGAUGCGACGAGCCAUUUGUUCUUCGCAUACCUUAGAUCGAUGUCGCCAGAGUCAGUGAAGGGCGUCAAUGGCAUUUCCACCCUGCCCAUUUCGCUGCAGAAGUUGGUACAGGAGACCGAGUACCCGCCAAUGGCACCAACCCUCAUGCUGUACAGCACGCCGAAGGUCGCCAUGAUUGUAGAAUCAGUGUCGCCAACCCCAUUCGCGCUCCUCCGUCGCGCAAACAACUUUGUGUACAGAGAUGAGGACCACGCUCUCCAGGAGUUCUCAAACUACGACGAUCCCGUCAAAGCACUAUCGGACGAGUGCAGAAGAGUUCUCCGAUCUAUCUCCUCCUCCAACCAAACCCAAGUCUCGAACUCGAAGAACUCCACCGGGCUCAAGGAUGCUUCUUGGUCGAGGUUCGAGGACAUUGGAUUCUCCGGUGCCUUCGAUGAGGCUGAAGAGGACCAAGAGGACCAGUUUAGCGCGAAGAGGAGAGAAAACGCGCAGAGCCUUCGAUCUGCGCCUCACUCAAAGGCAAUGGAUAUGGGCCGACCAACAACCCCCUCAUGGGCCGAUUUCCUCUCAUCUGGAUUUGUGGAUGAGAAGAUGAACAACCCCACGCCACUUCUCCUCCCACCCGACAAGAUCCUCCCACCGAUUGAAACUUCCCGCGGACGCAGCUCGCAGUCGCACAGACCACGACUUGAAUCCGACCGCACGCUAGAGCCUGGAGAGCUUGCAAGCAUCACCAAAUUCGACCUCGAUGAUUCCUUCUGGUGGGUCUGGAUUAGCAGUUUGGCUGGUGAAGAGACCGCCGAGCGCAAAGCGGCAUUCGGACGCUGCGCGCUCGUCGAGACCGUCAUUCCCCACGGCAAAUGGCUCGUCAUUGAGGAGCAAGUGAAGGGAGCCGCCCCGGCCCCCGAGGCAGGUGCCUAUCUGGCCGAGAAGAAGAGCCGCUUCGGCUGGACGAAGAGAGGGAAGGGUGUCUCGAGAUCAAAAUCGAGCACCGCCAAGACCGAGGACAAGACUACCUUACACCCUCCCUUCGGCACCGCGCAGUCGACUGGUAGCAGAACCAACAUUGGCCCAGAUCAGUACGCGCGUAUCCAAGCCACGGCCGUUCAACUCCAGCAGAAGCAGCGCCAACAGGCUGCAGAGCAGGAGAUUCAAGCCCGUCGCGGCCGCGGAGAAUCCGAUUCAGGAAGCCACAUGAAGACCAACAGCGUCCUCACCAUGCAACCCGUGAUCAUGACCGAGCUCAGCCCCGCCAUGAAAUGGGCGCGCAAAUACGACAAAGACGCUGUCAGGGAAGCAUACCUCACCAACGACUCCACCGGCAAGGGCGCCCAGACCAACGGCAACGGCCACGUCAGCGCAGCCAACGGCGCAGCUGCUGAGCGCGACCUCCCCGCCGUCCCCCCUAAAGAGACUACCGCAGCACAGGACACCAUCGCCCCCGCCGCGCUCCCUCCCACUCCUCCCAAAGUGAUGAGCAACCUCGCCGCUGAGAAAGCAGCCGAGGUCGGUCUCCCCGUCGACGCCCACCCCACCGAGCGCGCACGCCCCACCACUCCGCCGCUCAAGCGCAACCCAGCAUCGCAGAGCCACCUUAUCACUCCCCCCAAGAAAACGCAACAGCAGAGCCUAGCGCAGUUCCUCGAGACGACAGAGCCUGAUAACAGCGCAGCGACAAAGCAGAACCCGGAGUCCCCAGACCAACAUAACAAGCUCAAGAAAAAGAGCGGCGGCGGAGGCUUCAAGAAGAUGUUCGGCCGCAACAAGAACCGCGAUUCCAUCCAAUCCAAGCCUCCUUCUGCGGGCCCGGCUAAUGCGGCGGCGGUGGAGAAGACUCAGGGCCAACUGCAAGCCGGUGGCGCGACGCUGGGACGUAGAUUCUCCGGCUUCAGGAAGAAGAGCCAGCAGGACGUGUCGACGUUUGGGAAACCGGCUGCGUCGAUGACGGCGAGUCAGGCGCCGGCGAGUAUUGCGGAGAGCGAGGAUAGGACGCCUACGCAGUCACCGGAUAUGGGAGCUGCGCAGCAGGCGUUUGGACAGGAACGCUCGUAUAACCCGUCUGUGCAGGAGAGUUUAUCCCGUGUAGAUACCGCAGACGCCCACGAAGCGCGCCAGGCUUUCUCGAGCUUCGACCAAGGGCCUCUCGAGGACGUACCCGCUUUCGCACCUGAGGCGUCUCCGGUGGCGUCGCCGAGACAUAGUGUCGAUGCUACUCGUUCUGCGCCUACUGGUGGGAAAUCCCCGGCGGUCCUGGCGGCGAUAGAGAAGCUGGAGAAGAAGAACCAGGCUGCUGCUGCUGUGCUUACGAAGGCGCCGAAGACGCCGUUGGCGGCUAGCGGAAAGGGAGAGGUGGGGGAGGAGGGGAAGACGGUGAGCCCGGUUGGGGAUCGCUGGGCGCAGAUUAGGAAGAAUGCGGCGGAGAGGGCGGCAGCGAGGCAGAGUGAGGAUCAGAAGAGUGCGGGGACGGAGGGGGAUGGGGGGGAGACUAGUGGGGAGGAGACGAUUGAGAGCCGUGUCGCCAGGAUCAAGGCUAGAGUCGCCGAGUUGACGGGGAAUAUGGAGAAUGGCGCACCUGUUGCUGGUAGCCCUCGCCGUUAAAGUCUACCGCGCUAAUACGGACCUUCCUACCUCCUCAAUCUCUCUCUUCUCGAGAGAAGGUUUCAUAUAUUUGGAAAAACAACCUUUCGCCUGUAACGAAAAACUCGCUUUUUUACAUACCCACCACGCACCGACGGCGAUAGUCACUCAGAUUUCUAGUAUAUACGGCUGGGGAAUUUUCUCACAUACGUUGUCACAUUUUUUUCGUUGUCGAACCGACUUGACUAUACCACUAUGCGCUAUCUACGACGACUACUCCCUUUCACCGUGGGAACACAUACAUACACAUCACUGAUCUCUCCUUUUUUCACUCCUGCGAUACCGAAACCUUACAUACGCCACUCUCUCGUCUUCGUUUCAUGAAUUGAUUGAUUGAUACCUAGUUUGGCCUUCUUCUACCUUUGACCAGCGAUCGUUUUGACAUCUCUCUCACUCUCUCUCGCGCGCUAUCUAUCUCUCUUUGCGUGUCCUUUUUUGUUGUUAAUACCAGAGUCUCUGUUUUUUUCGUUUCGUUUUCGUUUUGUUUGGUCCGUUUUUUUGUGGGGGUGGGUGGUUUGUUGUAAUGGG